AUGCUUCAGCCGCUCCGGGUGAUAAACUUAGCAUCCUCCUUGACUCCUUACUUGACAGGAAUCAAAUUGCAGGACUCGGUAGCCGAGGAGCGUAGGCAAGGCCUCGUUGGGGAUACACUUAUCCUCCUGCAGCAUUAUCCAGUAUAUACUCUCGGGAAGCGAGGCAAGGAAUCAGACUUCCGGACGUCUCGGAAGGAGAUUGAAGCUACUGGUGCCGAGAUUUGCUCGGUUCCGCGGGGCGGCGAGGUAACUUUCCACGGGCCCGGGCAACUCGUGGCAUAUCCCAUCGUGGGCGUGCGGCAGGCAGGUCUGGGCGCUCGCGCCUACGUGGAAGGAUUAGAAGACAGCAUAAUUGAUUGCUUAGCAAAGUACGGCAUCACCGCUCGUGGCCGGGUUCCUGGCGCAACGGGGGUAUGGGUGGCCGAGCGGAAGAUCGCGGCAAUAGGAGUCCGCAUCUCGCAGGGCGUAAGCUCACACGGCCUAGCGCUCAAUGUUGACACGGAUCUGUCGUACUUUCAUCACAUCGUACCGUGCGGCAUUGCUGACAAGGAGGUCACCUCCAUUCGGAAGGAGCUGGAGUCGGUCGGCCGAGACGGGACGGCGAGGAUGCAGCAAUGGACAAAUGCUUGUCCAGAUGGGGUUCGUGGUGGGGACCUAGGAGGAAGACGCGGCCCUAGCCUGGACUUGAUGCAGGUCGCGGACGACUUUACAAAGGCAUUUCGGAGCCGGUUGGGCUUUCCACCUGGCUGA